GUAUUUUGUCUCUGUGACAAACACAGCUCAAACCCUGAGAGAUUUAUUUUUGCUCGGAAAAUUCUUGAUUUUCCGGCAAGGAUUCGUCGCUGAUUAAUUAAGAAGCAUCGUCUCUGAGGUCGUGAUUCCGAACUCGGUUUCAGAGUUGGAGCUCUUUGAUUGGAGCGACGGAAAGCCGGAAUUUGAAUCGGCGGUUCUUGUUUCGCUGUAUCGGUUAGGGUUUGGGAUUCGAAUUUGGGGGUUUACGGUCACGGAGGAGGCAUAUAUUGUCUCUCCGGCGACGGUUACCGAAUCCGGAAGCGGUUUCGGAUUCGAUUGAGAGGAGGUUCGGCGUUGGAGGCUUCAAUGUGGAAUUAGGAUUUGGGUGAUUUAGAGCGCGAGCACGGACGGCAAUCGGAAUAUGAUAACGAAGCGGCCGUCGAGAUUCGAAAUGCCGAAGCUGAAACGGUGCAAGCUGGAGGAGGCGGAGGCGAAAGCCUAUGCGUACUCGGCGAUUAAGAAGCGGAGAACGGCUGUGUACUACGACGACGCGGUUGAUGGUUUCAGCUCCGGUUCGUCGGGACGCGACGACGAGUCGUUUUCGGCUGCGGUGGCGGAGGUGGAGUCGAGUUUGCAGCGGUUGAGUAACCGGAAGGCGUUUAAUCAGAGCUCCGACAAGUUUAGGAGGCCAGGUAGAGGAGGACGGCCGUCGCGGUUUAAAGAUUCCGGUGAGGUUUGUGUGAAGAAGCAAGCCAAGUAUUUAGAUACGUAUAGGGUUUAUGAGGAUGGUGAUGAUUUAGCACAUGAAAAUGGAGCAGGGAUUGAAGAAUUGGGGUUUGUUGCGAUGAAGCCUAAAGGGGAGAUCGAUGCAGUGAAGAAGAAGAAGUUUCAAUAUUGUAAGAAGGUAGAGGAAGAAGAAGUGGAUUAUUAUGAAGACAUUGGUUACAGUCAGUAUAUGGGAUUGAAAUCAUUGAAGAGUUCGGCAGGGUCGAAAUGCGGUAGAAAUUCGUUGCCGGAGGUAAGAAAUGAGGUUUACGGAGCUAAGGGAAACUGUGGAAAGAAGAAGGACGUGUAUAGGCCGGAGGACUUUGCAUUGGGUGAUCUUGUCUGGGCCAAGUGUGGGAGGAGCUACCCGGUUUGGCCCGGGGUGGUGAUCGACCCCAUAUUACAAGCUCCAGAAGCAGUGUUGAGCUGCUGUAUUCCUAAUGCUAUCUGUGUGAUGUUCUUUGGGUUCUCGAAGAAUGGAACACAAAGGGAUUAUGGGUGGGUGAAGCAGGGAAUGAUAUAUCCGUUUAAGCAGUUCCUUGAGAGAUUUCGAGGACAGACUCAGUUGUACAGGAGUAAACCAAGUGAGCUUCAGAUGGCAGUAGAGGAGGCAUUGCUAGCAGAAAAUGGCUUUAUGUACACUCCGUGUAAAACUACUGAUUCAGAGACAAAUGUGACUGAAAUCCAAGAGGCCACAGAUUUUUAUCAAGACCAUGCAUAUUAUAGUCAGAAUCAGGAAGCAUAUCAGAAGGACACACGACCUUGUGAUUGCUGUGGUUUGAUCACAAUAUCUAAAGCACUGAAGAAAGUGAAAGGCUCUGGUUCUGAAACCCAAGUUUUAUGUAAACAUUGUGCAAAGUUGAAAAAAUCAAAACAAUAUUGUGGCAUAUGUAAGAAGAUAUGGCACCAUUCAGAUGGUGGAGAUUGGGUAUGCUGUGAUGGCUGUAAUGUUUGGGUGCAUGCCGAGUGUGACAAAAUAUCCAGUAAAGUAUUCAAGGAUCCUGAGCACAUCGAUUACUAUUGUCCUGAUUGUAAAAAUAUGUCCAAGUGUGAAUUGUCAGAUGUGGUGCACGGUCUGCAAAAACCCAGGUCUGGGGUAAGCGGCCGGAAAUCUGUGACUAGUGUAACUGUCUCUGAGGUUGUUGUGGUUUGCAAUGGCAUGGAAGGAACAUAUGAUCCAAACCUUCAUAUGGUUGCUUGUAAAUGCGGAUCAUGUGAUGAGUCAAAGAUGCAGACCCUUUGUGAAUGGGAGAGGCACACAGGUUGUAGAGCAAAAAAAUGGAAGCAUAGUGUGAAAGUGAAGGCCACAAUGCAAACACUUGAACAAUGGAUAACAGAGUAUAAUGAACAUGGUUUACAGCCUCUCACAUUGGAUAAGCAGCGACUACUUGAUUCCUUACAAGAAAAGUAUGAGCCAGUUAAUGCAAAGUGGACAAGUGAAAGAUGUGCAGUGUGUAGAUGGGUUGAAGACUGGGAAGAUAACAAAAUGAUCAUAUGCAACAGGUGUCAAAUAGCUGUGCACCAAGAAUGCUAUGGUGCAAAAGAUGUCCAGGAUUUUACUUCAUGGGUUUGUAGAGCAUGUGAAACACCUGAUAUCAUUAGGGAGUGCUGUCUGUGUCCUGUGAAAGGAGGUGCACUGAAGCCCACUGAUGUUGACACCUUGUGGGUUCAUGUCUCUUGUGCUUGGUUUCGUCCUGAAGUUGCUUUCUUGAAUCAUGAGCAGAUGGAACCUGCUGUUGGAAUCCUUAGAAUCCCACCCACUGCUUUCAUGAAGCGUUGUGUAAUUUGUACGCAGACUCAUGGUUCCUGCACUACAUGUUGCAAAUGUGCCACUCAUUUCCAUGUAACCUGUGCAUCAAAAGCAGGCUACAGCAUGGAAUUGCACUGCCAAGAGAAGAAUGGGAAACAAGUAACAACGAAGUUGAUAUACUGUGUGGUGCACAGGGCCCCCGAUCCAGAUGCUGUUUUAGUUGUUCAUACUCCUUCGGGGGUUUUUGCCACCAGAAGCUUGGUUCAAAACCAGAAAGGGUUCUUCAGGGGUUCAAGGGUGGUCUCAUCAAAAAGGACUAAAGUUCCAGAACCUUCAACCCCAGAGUAUUACGAGCUAGAAUCACUCUCUGCCGCCAGAUGCCGUCCUAUUAAAAGAUCAAUUCUUAAGGGAAGUGAGCGGGUACCAAUUUUUCAUCGACCAAGGGGACCAACACAUCAUCCAUUAGAGGAAGUAAAUUUAUUGAGCACAUUUAAAGAAAUAGAAGAUUCUAAAAUAUUUUCUUCCUUCAAGGAUCGACUGUACCACUUGCAGAAAACUGAAAAUCACCGGGUUUGUUUCGGUAAAUCUGGAAUACAUGGAUGGGGUCUAUUUGCUCGUAGAAAUAUUCAAGAAGGAGAAAUGGUUGUUGAGUAUCGUGGUGAGUGGGUAAGACGUAGCGUUGCAGAUCUGAGGGAAGCACAGUACAGGCAACAGGGCAAAGAUUGCUAUCUUUUCAAGGUCAGCGAGGAAGUAGUAAUUGAUGCUACUUAUAGAGGAAAUAUAGCACGGUUGAUUAACCAUUCGUGCAUGCCCAAUUGCUUUUCUAGGAUCAUGACUUUGGGUGAGGAGAAUCGAAUAGUUCUUAUUGCCAAGACUAAUGUUGCAGCAGGUGAAGAACUAACUUAUGAUUACUUGUUUGAGCCGGAUGAAUGUGACGACGAGCUGAGGGUUCCAUGUCUAUGUAAAGCUGCCAACUGUAGGAAAUUCUUGUGUUAGUUCACAGUUCGUACAUAUUUUUUGGUGCUCCCAUAUCAUCUCUGCACAGAGAUCUGACCACUUCUAACCAUUGAGGAAAUCCUUCCCCUUGUUACAAAGAAAGAAACCGUUUUCUCCCUCGAGCUUGUAAUUCUUUCAAUUUAUAUACCAUAAAGGCACAAAUCGUGUUGUAACUUAUCAAAGAUAAAUGUAAUAUCUCACCUGGCUAUUUGGCCGGUAGCUUGUUUCUAUUUUCUUUUCAGCAAGUAAAGAAACUGACAGA